AUGGCGGAUGCCAAAACCCUGGAUUUCGCGUACAUCGGCGGUCUCAACUUCUCCAUGGCAAUGCUCGUUGCGCCCCUUACCAACCUUGCAACACGGCGAGUUAGUGUUAAGCUACCUAUGUCUCUAGGGAUUGCUUUCUUUUGUGGUGGCUUUCUAGCUGGGUCCUUUUCCACCAAAAUCUGGCAGCUCUACCUCUUCCAAGGCGUCUUUGUUGGGUGGGGAGUGGGCCUCGUCUGGGUGCCAGCGAACGCUAUCAUCCCCCAGUGGUUCACCACCAAACGCAGCCUUGCGAACGGCAUCUGCGCCGCGGGGUCUGGUAUAGGCGGCCUGAUUAUGUGUUUCUCCACCGAGGCGAUGCUAAGCUCGCUUGGUUUGGCUUGGACUAUGCGCAUCACCGCAGUCAUCAUCGUUGUGGUCCUCGUCCCGGCGACUGUUCUGAUCCAGCCCUGCAUUACUGACGAUCAGCCGCACCAGCGCAUGUUUGAUUGGCACUUGGUCAAGCGAUAUCAGGUGCUGCUCCUGUUGGCAUGGAGUCUCGUCAUCAUGUUUGGGUACAUCACCCUCAUGUUCUCGCUCUCGGACUACACGCUCUCGAUCGGGAAAUCGCAAAGGGCUUCGGCCACCGUGGCUGCAGUGCUUAACUUGGGUUGCGCAAUCGGGCGUCCGUUCAUUGGCUUUGCGAGCGAUAGGUAUGGACGCAUUCGAGUCGCUGGCAUUAUUACGUUUGCAUGCUCGCUGCUCGUCUUCACCGUCUGGCUUCCGACCAUGAGCUUUGCGGCGCUGCUUGUCUUUGCUUUCACAGGCGGUGCUGCGCUGGGAAUCUUCUGGGUUGCCAUCGGUCCUUUGGCGGCUGAGGUUGUCGAUCUUAGAGAUGUUACUUCGUACCUGUCGUUGAGUUCGCUGACAGUUGUACUUCCUUGCUCGUGUAAGCUUGCCCUCUAG